ACGUUGAACGUUUCAAUAUGAAAACUAAAGCGAAAAAUAUUGCAAAUAAUAAUAAAGAACGCGAAAAAGGAGAUAAAAAUGAGCAAGCUAAACAGCCGUUUGACAAGAAGAAAUACAGAAUGAAAAAAUACAGCAAUAAAUACAGAAUUAAUAAAUGGGAAGUACAGAGGAAAGAGACUAUGCUACGCGCGCUUCGAAAAGAGAUGAAGAACGAUCCGAAGAAUCCAGGCGAAAAGUCAGCAGAUUUGAAUAUCAUCUCAAAGAACGCAAAUAACACAACAAGCAAACCAAAGAAAAAGAGCUACGCCUUUGAGAAGGUUAAACAAGAAUUGAAGCAGAAGCAAGAGGAAAAGGCCAGAAGGAGGGAAGAGGCCAAUCAGAGGAAGGCUGAACGAGAAGAAGCCUUGAAAAAAUACAGGGAAAAGAAAAAGAAUAAUUUUAAAGUGCUGUCAAAGAAGACAAGAAAAGGACAGCCCGUUAUGAAGGGCAGACUACAGUUGCUGGCGGAAAAAAUACAAAAUUUGACAAGAUAAAAGUUUUUACUUGCAUCUGUGGUCUUUGAUCAAGUUGAGAGUAAGAAGAUACAACGGUGUGAUGUAAUUCAACACCAGUGUUCAGAGAAAAAUUGUUAUUUAUAUAAUUGUUAUAUAUUGUUGCUUUUUGCUGCGUACAACGUAUGUAGACAUCGCAGUAGUUACGAUUCUUCGAUUUUAAAUAUAACAAACUUCGUAUUCUUCUUACUUAUCAAUUCGAUUUUUACGAAAAAAAGGUUGAUUUUGACAAAAAAAAAUAGAAUAAAUUUAUUUCUGUGUCUACAGUCACAAUUCUAAUAAAUGUUUUUUUCCACAUGAAGUUGGCGUUUUUUUAUCAGUAAACUUCAUGCGAAUGAAAAGGCAUUUAUUUGCUGUAAUAUAGCUUCUCGAAAUCGAAAAAUACGUUCUUCCGAAUAAAAUGAGAUUUUCGUCAUA